UGGGCUUUCCCAACAAUUUUGUUUUUGUUCCUGAUUUACAGCAGCCGCAGUUCUUUUGGUUUUUACUUUGUAUAGUACGUUGGUUUUGCUGGUUUUGGGUAUGGGAUCCAUUAAGUUCGUCAGUAGCUGUCGUAGGGUGGUUGUCAGUUUGGGCUGCCGUGAUUCGUCGGGGUCUAAGAACUCUGCUGGUCAUCUCUGAAAUGUCCUUGAUGUGUGGUAGGGUGAUUUGAGAGUCUGGCCGUGUUGUGUCUUCCUGUUCUGGUCUGUCUCGGAGGUAGUAGCAGAUUGUGCUUUUUGAGUAUCCAUUCCUUUUGAAGGCUCCGUAUGGGUGUUCCUGUUCUGCUUUGCAUAUUUCCAGGUUGCUGUGUCGUGGCUCGUUUACAUAGUGUCGUGAUGCCACUCUGUUUGUGGGUGUUGGGGUGGUUGCUCGUGUAGUUGAGUAUCUGGUCUGUAUGUGUGGUCUUUCCAUAUACAAUAGUCUAGAGUUCCUUGCUGUUUUUGCAUUCUACUAUUAUGUCCAGGAAGGGUAGUCCAUUGUUGUUGUCAUUGUCUUUUGUGAAUUUUAUCCCGAUGAGGAUGUUGUUUAUGUGUCAGUGGUUUCUUCUAGUUUUGUGCAUUUGAUAAUCAUGAAGGUAUCAUCUACAUAUCGGUCCCAAAGUUUGAUUGUAUAAUGGUGCUGUCCAUUUUAAUCUUUGCAUUACUGCUUCUGCAAUCAGUCCUGAUAUUGAGGAUCCCAUUGGUGUUCCGUUUUUUUCUUUGUAUGUGCUGUCGUUGAAGGUGAUGUAGAUCGUGAGGUGCAGAUCUAGUAGUUUCAUGGUGGUGUCCUUUUUGAUGUUGGUGGUGUCCUGGGUUGUCUGCUUACUUGAUUUGUUCAGCAGUGUGGCAGCUGAUUCUUUGGCUAGAUUGAUGUUUAUGGAUGUAAAUGGUGCUGUUACGUUGAAGGAUAUCAUCACCCAGUCCUCUUCUAUCCGGGUGUCCUUCACGUUGUUGAGGAAUUCUUUGAGCCUUUGAAAUGUGGGUGCUGAGGUGUUUGUUAAAAAUACCCUGUACUGACCGUCAGAUAAAUGAAGAGGCACUUGGAACUGCAAGAGCUAAAGGAACUCUUUUAAAAAAAAUUGACAUGAGUUUUAUUAAGUUGGAAGAUUCGGUGAAAAUGACGUCAAGAUCGCAGGAAAUCAUGAACGACGGACGCUUCAGUCAGGUGAUGACUGACCCCAGGUUCUGGGAGAUGCCUGACAAGGAACGCAAGAUCAAGAUUGAUAAGAGAUUUCAGGGAAUGUUUCAUGACAAGAAGUUCAAACUGAAUUAUACAAUGGACAAGAGAGGAAGACCAAUCAACCACAGCACUACAGAGGACCUGAAGCGAUUUUAUGACCUGGACUCUGAGGACUCUGACCUGGGUGAAAGUGAAGACGUGAAGGAGAAAAGGAAAGGAAAAGUUAAGAAAAAACUGAAACAGGGAGCAAAAGGUGGUCCUGAGAAAGAUGCAAAAGGCAGCACGAUGGACAAAAAGAAGGGAAAACAUGGGACAUUUUUCAAAUCCAAUGUGGACGGUCUUGCGAGGCAGGACCUGGGGAAAGAGCUGGAAACUGAAAAAUUAAUGGAUGAUCCUGUUGCAGUGGCUGCAAAGACAUUGGUUAAAGCGGAAAAGCUUAAAAGGACAGCAGGUGGGAAGUGUGCUGUUAGAGAUGAUGGUGCUGAAAGCGAUGAGGAGAUGAAGCAGAUAAGUGUAAAACAGGAGCAAUCCCUGUCUAUCCAAAAGAAACAACUGAGGAAAAAUGUCAACACAAAUCAACACAAGGGGAAAAAAUUAGAAGUGAGGAAUCAAGAAAGAAGUUUAACGAGUCGGAGUUCUUCAGAAAGUGAAAUUGAAUGUGAAAGCAGUGAUAGCAAUCGGGGUGAAGGCAGCUGCUUCGAGACAAGAUCUUCAGGGUCAGAUGGCCAGAGUCAGGAGGAGGAAGGUGAAGAAACUGGAGACAGUGAAGAUGACGAGGAAUUAUCUGAGGAAGACACUGAUAGUGACAGUGGUCCUGAUUUAGCCAGGGGUAAAGGGAAUGUUGAAACGAGCUCUGAUGAUGAUGACUAUUUUGAUGAUCCGUCUUCAAAGCUCCCAGAAAUUGAACACGAAUGGGGAGAACUUGCUAAGAGUGCUCCACGUGCAGACAAGAUCAGUCAACGAUUAGCGGUUUGCAACAUAGACUGGGAUAAAAUAAAGGCAAAUGAUCUGUUGGUAUUGUUCAAUUCGUUCAUCCCCCAAGGAGGUGCUGUCUUGUCUGUGAAGAUCUACCCCUCAGAAUUUGGAAAGCAACAAAUGAAAGAAGAGGAAUUACGUGGACCUGCAGAAUUGCUGGACCACAAUUUACCUGAAGAUGCAGAAGAAGACACUGAUGAACAAAGAAUUAUCAGAGAAAAAGUACGAGAAUACCAAUUCAAACGGCUGAAAUAUUACUAUGCAGUGGUGGACUGUGACUCUACUGAAACAGCAAAUAAGCUUUAUGAAGAAUGUGAUGGAAUGGAAUUUGAGAGUAGCUGUUCUUUUCUGGAUCUCAGGUUCAUCCCAGACGAACUAACAUUUGAAGAUGAGCCAAAGGAUGUUUCUACAGAUGUGGAUUUGGCAGCAUACAAACCAAAAUAUUUCACAUCAACAGCACUCAGCACAUCAAAGGCAGAACUGACAUGGGAUGAGACUGACCAUGAGCGGGUCACUACCUUGACGAAACGGUUUAAUAAGGAUGAGAUUGAGGAAAUGGAUUUCAAAGCAUACUUGGCAUCUUCAAGUGAGGAAGAAGAUGAAGCAGACAUGGAGGAGGAAAAAGAGCCUGAGCAAGAUUGUGACGUUAAAAGUGUGGAAGAAGGUAAAAUGACAACUAAGAUAAAGAAGGAUACUGAAGAACAGAUUUUAAAAUACAGAGAGCUAUUGAAAUCAAUCCAAGGAAAGGAAGAAAAAAGUAAAGACAUGGAGAUAACCUGGGUUCCAGGGCUGAAAGAAACAACAGAAGCAAUAGUAAAGAAAAAAAUGGAGAAAGAUAAUGUGCUGACUCCAUGGGAACAGUACUUGGAGAAGAGAAAAGAGAAGAGGCAACAAAAGAAAAAGAAAAAGAGCAAAACUGAAGAUCAGGAGGUAACAAUUUCUGAGAAACUGAGUGAUGAUGAGAUUCCAUCAGAUGUAGAUUUGAAUGACUCUUUCUUCACGGAUGAACUGGAGCAGUCAGCAUUUCACCAAAAGAAAAUGGGGAAGAAGAACAAAAAGUUAAUGGAUAAACUGACACCAGAGGAGGAAGGCGACUUAGAAAAGGAAAAGGCAAAAAUGGCCUUGCUUAUGAUGGAUGAUGAAGAGGAAGACAGAAGACAUUUCAAUUAUGACAAAAUAGUGGAACAGCAGAAUCUCAGCAAGAAGAAAAAGAAGAAAUUAAUUAAAAAGCGGGCACUUCUAGAAGAAGACAAUUUCCAGGUGGAUGUUGCUGACCCAAGGUUUAAAGCCAUAUAUACUUCGCACCUCUUCAACCUAGACCCUUCAGAUCCCAGUUUUAAGAAGACUAAUGCCACACAGCUGAUCCUGGAAGAAAAGUCAAGGCGAAGGCAAGAGCAGCAGAAGCAAGUAGCAUUGAUCAGAAGGAAGGAAAGUGAUGUGAUUGGAGAAGUCACAACAACAGUCAUCAAGAAGCCCAUAGAUCCUACACUUUCUUUGCUUGUAAAAUCAGUAAAAGCAAAAACUGAACAGUUUCAAGCUCGAAAGAAACAAAAAACUGUGUAAAAGAAUCUGUAUACAAAAAAAACUGAUCUUUGCAAAUAUACUUAUGGAUUUUGAUCAAUAACAAUGUACAUAAAAAUCACUGAAAAUAAGUUUACUAGAUUGUUAACAUCGUUUUAAAUACUUGUCUCGAGUUCAGUGUACCUACAGGAAUAACGUCAUUGAUGUCAACGAAAAUUAAGCUUUUUUUAUUCACCAGUAGUUGUGUUGAAUAAAUUCUUCUGACUACAGCUGAAAUUCAAAGCUUUAAAGAGUUGUGUAUACCAGCUUCCUUUUAU